AUGCAUUUGGAGCAUACGUGGCCUGCAUCGGUAGAACAUCUACAGCAAUUUAGUGUUGCCUUACAUAGAAAAGGUUUGGCAUCAGGUACUAUACAGGGGAAAUUGGCUGCGGUGGGUUUUUAUGCGAAGGCAAAUGGGUUUAGGGAUUUUUCAGGUGAUUUUAGGAUAAGGAAGAUGCUGGAAGGAUGGUCAAGGGAAAAGGGAAGGAUUAAGGACGAUAGGACGCCCAUAUCCCCGGCGAUCCUCGAGCGUCUAGGUGAACUAUGGGGAUUGGUGUGUAGGGACGAUUACGAGAAGGCACUUUUGCAGGCCGCAGCCCUAAUAGCCUUUUUUGGGGCCAUGCGAAUUAGUGAGCUGGUGGCAUUGGGAAAAGGGGAUGUAUCACGGAAAGCCCUACAGUUUGAGGACGUGAUAGUACAGGAGGACCAGGUGAUUAUUAGGAUUAGGAGAUCUAAAGCUGAUCAGUUGGGCAGAGGUAGCCAAUUAAUGAUGGGACGGUGUAGCAGGGAAAGUAUCUGCCCAGUGAAGGCGGUAAAGGAAUUUGUGGGAUUUCGGGGAGCAGAGAAGGGUUAUUUCUUUCAACAUGCGGACGCAUCACCACUUACGAAGUAUCAAUUCUGGAAGCUGACUGGCAUGGCGCUGGAAAGAAUAGGGGUUAAGAAUAUGAAAUUUGGAACGUAUUCGUUCCGGAUAGGGGCUGCCUCAACGGCAGCUGCAUUGGGUUAUAGUGUAGAACAAAUUAAGCACAUUGGUCGUUGGUCAUCCAAUUGCUAUCAUAAAUAUGUUAGACAAAUACCUAACGUAUAG